AUGUCUCGAUCUCGCCAGCCUCCGCUUGUGACAGGCAUCUCUCCAAAUGAAGGGAUUCCCUGGACAAAAGUCACCAUCAGAGGAGAGAAUCUGGGAACUGGGCCAGGUGACCUCAUCGGUCUGACGAUUUGUGGACAUAAUUGCCUUCUGACGGCAGAAUGGAUGUCUGCAAGUAAAAUUGUAUGUCGUGUGGGACAAGCCAAAAAUGACAAAGGAGACAUCAUCGUCACAACCAAAUCAGGGGGCAAAGGAACCUCAACAGUCUCCUUCAAGCUACUCAAGCCUGAGAAAAUAGGUAUCUUGGAUCAGUCUGCUGUCUGGGUUGAUGAAAUGAAUCAUUAUGACAUGCGCACAGACAGGAAUAAAGGAAUUCCUCCUUUGUCCCUGCGUCCUGCUAAUCCACUUGGUAUUGAGAUUGAAAAAGGUAAAUUUCCACAGAAGGACUUAGAAAUGCUGUUCCGUGGAAUGAGUGCUGACUUCACAAGUGAGAAUUUCUCAGCUGCCUGGUAUCUCAUCGAGAACCACUCAAAUACCAGUUUUGAGCAGCUAAAAAUGGCAGUCACCAAUUUGAAGAAGCAGGCGAACAAGAAGAAUGAAGGCAGUCUGGCAUAUGUGAAGGGAGGUCUCAGUACUUUCUUUGAAGCUCAGGAUGCCCUCUCAGCUAUCCAUCAAAAACUGGAAGCGGAUGGAACAGAAAAAGUAGAAGGAUCCAUGACGCAGAAACUGGAGAAUGUGCUCAACAGAGCGAGUAAUACGGCAGACACACUGUUUCAGGAAGUACUAGGUCGUAAGGACAAGGCAGAUUCAACCAGGAAUGCACUGAAUGUGCUCCAACGAUUUAAGUUUCUUUUCAACCUUCCUCUCAGUAUUGAAAGGAAUAUUCAAAAGGGCGAUUAUGAUGUGGUUAUUAAUGAUUAUGAAAAGGCCAAGUCACUUUUUGGGAAAACGGAAGUGCAAGUUUUCAAAAAAUAUUAUGCCGAAGUAGAGACACGGAUUGAAGCUUUAAGAGAAUUACUUCUGGAUAAAUUGCUUGAGACACCAUCUACUUUGCAUGACCAAAAGCGCUACAUAAGGUACCUGUCUGACCUCCAUGCGCCUGGUGACCCUGCUUGGCAGUGUAUUGGAGCCCAGCACAAGUGGAUCCUUCAGCUCAUGCAUAAUUGCAAAGAUGGCUACAUACAAGACCUGAAAGGUGGCCCAGGCCUGCACAGCACCAUGCUGGACCUUGACACUGAAGUACCCUCCUCAGUGUUGGGGCACCUUAGUCAGACAGCAUCACUCAAGAGGGGAAGUAGCUUUCAGUCUGGUCAAGAUGACACCUGGAGAUAUAAAACUCCCCACCGGGUGGCGUUUGUUGAAAAACUGGCCAAACUUGUUUUAAGUCAGCUGCCUAACUUUUGGAAGCUCUGGAUUUCUUAUGCUAAUGGAAGCCUUUUCAGUGAGACUGCUGAGAAGUCAGGCCAAGUUGAAAGAAUAAAGAAUGUAAGGCAGAGACAAAAUGAUUUUAAGAAGAUGAUUCAGGAGCUCAUGCAGUCUCUUGUGAAGUUGACCCGUGGUGCUUUGCUCCCAUACACCAUUAAGGAUGUGGACAUGAAGCAGUACGGAGGCUGGGAGGGCAAGUCUGGCCUCUCUGGGCAGUGGCUGGCCCACUCCGUGCAGACUGUGAGACUUACCUAUGAAUCGCUGACAGCCCUGGAGAUCCCAAAUGACAUGCUACAGGCCAUCCAGGACCUCAUUGUGGACCUUCGUGUACGCUGUGUGCUGGUCACACUGCAACACACGGCAGAAGAAAUAAAGAGAUUAGCUGAAAAGGAAGACUGGAUUGUUGACAAUGAAGGACUGACUUCUCUACCCUCCCAGUUUGAGCAGAGCAUUGCGCUAUCCCUGCAGGCCCUGACAGGCGUCCUGGAGUGCAAGCCUGGAGAAACCAGCGUCUUUCAACAACCCAAAACACAGGAAGAUGUUUGCCGACUCAGCAUCAGCAUCAUGCAGAUUUUUAUACAUUGUCUGGAACAACUGAGCUCCAAACCUGAUGCAGAUAUAGACACUUCACAUCUUUCUGUUGAUGUUUCUUCUCCUGAUUUGUUUGGAAGUAUUCAUGAAGACUUCAGUUUAAGUUCUGAACAACGACUUUUGAUAGUUCUAAGUAAUUGCUGUUACCUAGAACGUCAUACCUUCUUAAAUAUAGCAGAACUUUUUGAAAAGCACAGCUUCCAAGGAAUAGAGAAAAUAACUCAGGUUAGCAUGGCUGCACUGAAAGAACUAGACCAAAGGCUCUUUGAAAAUUACAUUGAGUUGAAAGCAGACCCCAUCGUCGGCUCCCUGGAACCUGGCAUUUACGCAGGCUGUUUUGACUGGAAGGAUUGCCCGCCUCCAACAGGUGUCAGAAACUAUUUGAAAGAAGCAUUGGUGAAUAUAAUUGCUGUGCAUGCAGAGGUGUUCACGCUGUCUAAGGGCUUGGUGCCACGGGUGCUGUCCAGGGUGGUGGAAGCAGUCUCGGAAGAGCUCAGUCGGCUGAUGCAGUGUGUCUCAUCAUUCAGCAAAAAUGGAGCGUUACAGGCAAGACUUGAAAUCUGUGCUUUACGGGAUACUGUGGCCAUUUACCUGACAACUGAAAGCAAGUCUAGUUUCAAACAAGCUCUGGAAGUCCUGCCUCAACUCUCAAGUGGAACAGAUAAAAAGUUACUGGAAGAACUUCUGAACAAGUUCAAGAGCAGCAUGCAUCUGCAGCUUACCUGCUUCCAAGGUGCUGCUUCAACCACGAUGAAAACAUAA